AUGUCCGAUCUCGCGAAACACUUCGCCAAGACGAAGCUGUCGUCGCUGCCACCGCCCGAACCACUUCUCGAAGAAGCGCCAGAGUACGAGGAUGACUCGUCGUCUGCGUCGUCCAUGUCCAGCACGGGCACCGUGAUACCUACAUCCACGCAACGCCCUGCGCCUGCGAUACAUUGGUCCGACUACUUCGAGCAAGAAAUCUACCUGGACGGUGGUGCUCUGAGUAAUGGGGGACACGCAAAGUGGCAUGUCUACAUCACACCGCCGGCGAAUUCAAAAGCGCCGUUACUAGUCCUGCAUCAUGGCGCGGGCAGCUCGGCUAUGAGUUUCGCGCUCAUGGCGAAGGAGGUCAAGAAGGGCAUGCCAGAGCUCGGUAUCCUCGCCGUCGAAGCAAGAGGGCAUGGCAGCGCAGUCUGGGACGCCGAGGGCAACGUCGACAACGAUCUCAGCGUCGAGAACCUCACGGAAGACUUGCAGCACAUGCUGGAGCUCACCAAGGUCAAACUUGGGUGGACAGUACUACCCCCGAUUGUGCUGGUCGGACAUAGUCUCGGCGGUGCGGUGGUGACACACAUGGCGAACUCGGGCAUGCUGAAUUCGUGUCUGCUUGGAUAUGCGGUGCUCGAUGUCGUUGAGGGCAGUGCGAUGGAGGCGCUGAAACACAUGCAGACCGAUGGACGCUGGGCAUGGCGCACCGAACUCGGCAGCACAGAAGCAUACUGGGAAAACUGGUUCACUGGGAUGAGCGUGAAGUUUCUGAAGGGCAAGGGUGCGAAGCUUUUGGUUCUAGCUGGCACAGAUCGACUGGAUAAAGAAUUGAUGAUUGGGCAAAUGCAGGGUAAAUUCCAGCUCCAGGUUUUCCCUAAUGCGGGACAUUUCCUCCACGAGGACCAGCCGGAUAAGACGGCGGAGGUUGUCAUCGAGUUCGUUAAGCGGAACGAUCGAAGUGCGAUGGUUCUUCCGCCAAAGGUGUCGGAUCUUCUUAGGCAGGGUAGGAAGGUCUGA